UGUGCUGUGCCUAAAUACAGCAAAAAGUUACCCCAGUGGCUGUAUUUCAUCCCUUGUUUCAAACUUUGGAAUUCUCUGGAACACAUUGUCUUGACAUCAGCAUGUGUCUUUGGAGCAGGGUAAGUAUCCUGAUAUUCUGUUAGGGAAUAUUUAAUCAGUUAAAUGCCCUUCCCAAGCUCUCUCUAACGAUGGAGUCAUUGGAUAUUUUGCCAGUGUGCUGUGCUAUCACUGAACUCCUCUGAAAACACUUCCCUUUGGAAUUAAGUAGAGCUGUGAUAUGUUAUUUUAUCUUUCUUGGGAAAGAUUAGGAUGUUACUGUGAUUAAACUUAGAAAGUUUAGUAGUAUUGAAAAGUAUUUUUAUAGGCCAAAAACUGGGUUUCUUGGAUAUGACAUGUACUUCUUUGUGGUUCUAGAAUUCAUCAUUGGAAGAAAACUGGGCUGUGAAAAACAAAACAACACUGUUAUUUCUAGUGAAAUUUUUUUCCUAGAGAGAGAGAGAAAAAAAGAGACCAUUUUCAAAGUGAUUUUCAAUUCCACAUAGGAAUGGCCCUUCAUUUACUCUUUGGUUCCAGCAUUUAAUGUAAAUUCUUAGGAAAAUGAGGACUAUUUGUUGUUUCUCUCUUAACACAUGCUGUUAGAAGAAAGCUUUCCAAGAGAGUGAAGGAAGCCAGCUUAUGGGCAUCUCCUCUUCUUUGUUUUGUCUAGAUUAAAAUUCAUUGAUUUGAGAACAGAUUUUAUGCAGUUUUGUGAAUCAUUCCUGUGGUGGGGGAAAAGCAGAGCUUUACUCCAGCACUUCUAAGGGUUUUCCACAGACUCAUUGUAUAAAUUGUGCUCUGUGCCAGUAUUUCUGGGCUUUGAGGGGACUUUGGAACUCCAUUAGCAUAAUGAGUGGAAUUUUAUUUAGUUUGACUCAUUCUGGUUUAUGAAGUUUGCUACUUGUGGUUUUGUGAAAAUUCAGUAUAUCCUUGGUAUUUAUUAUGGCAAACAAAGAGAUUUAUGUGCAGUACUGAAGAAACAUGGCAGAAAUAGUCCUAAGUUAGUUUUUAACAGAGAAAAGAAAUCCCGUGUUAGAGAGAAAAAACAACAGACAAUUGCCCAGACCAAAAAUCUAUCCAUCUUUUUUCUACCAGUGGCUACUGGUGAGUGCCUGGGAAAAAAAUGAAUUAGAAUAUUAGAGUAGCACAAACAUGUAGCAUUUCUUUACCCCUGUAAUAAUUCAUUAUAAUUUCUAGUUUAGCAGAUACAUGUAUUAAAUUUAACAUCCAUUUUCUUCACAUUAAUUUCUUUCAAUCAAUUUUUAACCUGUUUAAUAUGUUUUGGAAAAUAAUUCUUAGAUUUCUUUACACAUUGUUUGGAGAAGUAACUCAUCUUUUUUUAUUUGCAUCAUUUGAUGUCUUUGUAUUCUUGUACUAGAAAAAAGUGCACUUAUUCCCUCUUCAUUAUUUAUUCCCUAAUAAUUAUCACAUGAAAAAGUGUUCAGUUCUGUGGUUUAAGUCAAGAAUAAGUGGUUAAUUGACUUAUUAAUUCUAAUUAACCAGCAAUCAACCACCUACAUGUUUAAUUCAAGAGCAGCAACACAACAGUUGACAGCAACACUGGACAUCCUCAAAGUGUUAAUAAGCACAUGGAAAUUUCUAGGCAUCCCCUGCAGCUCAUCUCAGAAGUUUUAAUCCCCUGCACAGUCUCACAGACAUUCACAGAAUUACAGGUGUUGCCACUGUAAAAGGUGCUGCCUUUUACAGUGGGUAUGCAACUCAAACACCUCUGGCACUUUCAGAGGGUUGGGUGCAGGUCUGCUGCUGCCUCACAGCUCUGCUUCGAGGUCAGGGUGCUCUGGGUGACCUUGGAAUAUUCUGUAGCACAGCUCUUCCCUUGUGUCUGCAAAAUUUCAGCAGAUAAGUUUUUCCAUUAUAGCUGAACACAUCAAACCAUUUAUUCAGAUAUUAGAUCACUUGGCAUAAUUGAUGCUGAAUAACAAAAAUGUCCUUCUCCAAGCUGCAAAAAGUGUCUAGGUUUCUUUCACUCAUUAUUUUUUGUUCCAGUUUCUUAUCUGGAUGACUAUAUGGAUAUUCUUUAGAACAAGGCCUUUCAGAAUUAUGCAGAAAGGAUAUCUAGUUUCUGUUUUCAUUGCUCUUUGUUUUUUUUUCCCCUCCUAGUUUUUUUUACCUUUAGGUAUCUUUUAAUAUACAUUUUAGCUUAUUUUCUCCCAAGAUGACACAACCUUUUAGAUCCUAUCUCUCAUAUAACAAUAAGGACCUGUAAAAAGGCCAAAAAAGGGCAACAUAGAUGAAAGGGUAAUUUUUCCUCUAAUUGUGGAAGUGACAGUCUAGUAUUGUGGCAUUCUAUGAGCAGCUGAGCACAUUCUUAGCUUGCAGAAAUGGCAAACCCAUGGUAUUGUGCUCAGUAAGGUUCUGAGCAUGUUUGGGAUCCAAAGUCACUCAACUGACUGAGCUAUAACAUUCUUAUACACUUAUUUAUGUUUUAAUGGAGACAGAAGAGGAUUGAAAGACUAUUGAAAGGAUUUGGGAGAGACAGCUUUGGCAUCAAAAAAUUGCAUUGCAGACAGCAACAGAAGUUUUAUUUUUCUAUUGCCAAAAGAAGCAGCAAGUACACUUAAUCUCUCUCUUUUUUUAAGGAUUUGUGAUAGUGCUUGUUGUUUUUUUGCUUGUCAACCUAUGUUAUAAUAAUUUAAACAAAUAUUAGUACUGUUAUCUCAAACCCCCAUGCUUAGUUAUGAAAAUAAUUCUUACCAGGGCCCUGAAAUGUCUGGUGUAAAAAUAUUUACUAUUCUUGUUUUCUUAUUUCUCUGGCAUUGAAAAAUCUUUUGGUCUGUGGUGGGUUGCAGGGCUGUCUGCUGGAGUGUCCCAGAUUCAAUGGUGUGGAUUUAGAGCCUUAUAAUUUGUCAUGACUGGCACACCUUUCAUACAAAUUUAAAUUUAAAUUUAAAGUAUUUGUGCUGUCAUAUGGAGAGUGUAAGAGAGAGAAACAAAGGUGGCUCUAAGAAAAAAUUUAUAUUAAACAAAGCCUUUAUCUGCAGAUUUUUUGUAAGGAUAUAGAUCACAGUAGUAUUGUAGAAUAAGUUUUCAACCCUCCCUGUGUACUGUUGUUAAUACAAGAGCCUGUGCUGUUUGACUGGAAAGUGAGCAAUAAAUACCAACCUAAAAGGAGCUUGUGAGCCACCCUGGCAGAGCCUGGCUUUCUUACAGGAAGUAUAAAAUACUUCACUUUCAUUCUAUCCAGCAUCUCUCCAAGGCACAAAACUACUUUCAUAAUUAGAAACACAGCAGCAGAACUGCUGCAAAAUUUAACCUCUUUUGCAAGGCACUUCAUUAUCAUCUGUGUGGAGAAAAGGAACAAAGCAAACCUGAACGUGUCCUGUAUCAAGAGUACAGAAAGAAGUCAAGCUGUGCUUUAAAGCCAGCCUUGCAGUGGCUGAGGGAGAACUUCCACAAGUGCUGGCAGGAUGUGGAGAACAAUUCCGUGGGGAAACUGGUGGCACUUGCAUUACUGAGUUGGGUGUGCCUUGAAAAAUAUAUGAAAUGAGAAUGGGUUUAAAGAUUUGUGAUGGUUGUGUAAAAAUUGUCACUUUUGCAUCAGAGUAUUUUGAAGUGGGGGCUCUUCCCUGAGACCCAGUCUUGCAUUGUGUGCAGGUUUUAGCAGUGACUCUUGGACCAGCUCUGAGGAAUGUACAAAGUCAGAGAAUCUCAAAAAACCUUCCUGCCUGCUUUGGUGCUUUGGCAAAAAUUUGCCUUUACCAAUAUUUUUAUCAGUGCACUGAAUAAAACCCAGCAUGAUUACAGCAGGAUUUUAAUGAAAAGUACAGGAUUUGGGAGAGACAAUGCAGCAUCUAAGCUGUGCACAAUAAAAGCAGAAGGAGUGACUGUCCUCAUUCACUUGCAAAUAUGUGGAAGCUCCAUGACAAACUCCAGACACUACAAUUUUUUUUCUAUAAGGAUUUGGAAAAUAUGCACAAUCUGCAUCCAAGUGUGGGCCAAUAUUCCCAAGUAAUUUUUUUUCUCUGUGUCUGUUAGCAUUAAGAAUUCAUUUUAUACAGCAUAAUAUCUUCCAGAGACACAGUAAAUUUUUCAGAUAACACCAACAUAUUCUGCAGUUGCUCAUUAUAUUUCUCCUGUUUUGCUCAAGUACCCAGGAGUUAUUUUGGUAUGCUAUUUCUGUGUGACUGAAUAUUACAGGCUACUUAUGUUAGUGUGUAAAAUACUUCAUAAGAGAUUGUACUUGAUGUAAACAGUCUCUAACUUGUUUUAUGGUUUUCACAAAACACCUUAAAAAUUCUUUCUAGUUCUAUAGAAGUUUUUUUCCCCCUUUUUGCUUGGAAAUUUAUAUUUUCUGUUUGUUGUCCAAAGAAAGAAAACUUUUAUGAGAACGUAACUGUUUUGUGUAUGAAAGUUGUAGUACAUCUGGGCUAUUUCAGGUGUUGAUUUAUCUUGGGGAAUAAACAAAAAAUAUCUUUUGAGUUGCUGGGAGGAUAAAACUUUAAAUAACUCUGUUUAAAUUUCUAGUGCAAAACUGAAAGUACAAAUACUUCUUCAGAAUGUUGUUUUAAAUUACAAUUUCAUACAUUGGCAAGUAGUUAUUUUUAUUCACAGAAGAAUGCAGAAAUACAUCUUUCUCCAGGUGCACCUACAGCAGCAAGCUGGCAAACCACAGAAUAAUAACACCAAAGCCAAUUGAAAUAAUCUUUAGGAGGAUGCCCUCAAAAAUUACUGGCUACUCUGUGUAACCAAUGCCAGUGUGCAGUCUCAGGAUGACACCUAAAGCCUUGGUUAAUGAAUGUAAUCUGAUUAAUCCUCUUAAUGCAAAGUAUGUGCACUGCCAGCCUGUGACACAAGUGCACAGGUCUGUGGAGACUUGUAGGUUGUUGUGCUCGGCUUUUAGUAAAUAAAAUAUGUUGGGUAGCAAAGUGUGGGCUGAAAAAAACUUAAUGGAAAAUGAAUCUGUUCAGUCAGUCUCUACCAGCAUCAUUUUCAGCUGUGUAUUCACUAUUUUAUCCCAGAGUGAUGCCAUCCCUGGAGGGCACUGUUGUGUUAAUUAGUCACCACAUGUCCAGGGUAAUCAGUGUAUCACUACAGGACAGCUGCUACCUCAAUAUGUUUUCUUCCAUCAUAUUUACAAGAAGGUAUAACUAUCUUUAAAGUUCAGUUUUUGACAUUUAACAGUGGAAACUCCUCUCUGACAUAAAACUGGUUUCCAGUGGUUUCACUGCACAGUGUGCCUGAAAUUACAAGUGCAGCAUUGCCUUCAUUUUCCAGGACACUCACACAACAGCUGCAUUAAGGGAAUUUAAUAAGUAUCAUGAUAAGUGCUCUUAACAUAAAAUUGUGUAAUUGGAAAACUAGUAACCUAGUAAAAACCUAGGUGUUAGGUUUAGACAAGUUAUGGUGGCAGGCUCAGCUUUUUGCAGGAAACUCUUCUAAGUGUAUUUUAGCUGAGCUUUUCUGUUUGUCUCUGUGACAAGCUUAGUUUGGCUGCCUUAUUGCUUGUAAGUGGAAGGAUAAGCUGCUAAAUCUCUCAUUUGAGUACUCAUGUCUGAAUUUUGUCAGUCUUUAAACUGGACAGAUUUCUUCAAUAAUCAUUAAAGUAAGGGAUAUUUCUCUAAGGCUUAGAGCAGCUAAGCUAAUAACUCCUCUAUAUUAAUAGCUACAAAAUGAAAGCCAGUUCAAAUACCUGAUGACAAGUGGCUAACACUGUGUGGACUUUAAGGUGUUAAGCUGUCUCUGGAACUGCUUAGUAAGAAACAACACAGUAUGAAUGCUAGUUUUUCCAGCAGUUUUGUCCAGCAGUAUUUCCAGUCACUUCACAUCAGAUGCCUUGACACCCUGAUCAGUAUCAAGAAAAUGUUACAUGUCCACCCAUCCAUGUACCUCCAACCCACAAAUGGUAAACUGAGUUGCUUGUUUUGUGCUUUUUUUUUCACUCAUCUGUACCUAAGAUCAGGGUUGGUACUGUUACUUUCAUUGCUGUUUUAGUAAAUUGUUGACCCAGAGCAUUUUCCCAGCAUGGACAGUUCAGGAGUGACAUGGAUGUGCACCAGGUUUCUGGAAAGCAGAAUUACAGCUAGCAUAGGAUAAGAUUCCUCUACCUAUUCUUCUUCAAUCCUGCAUCAAAGCAAGAAGAUAGUCUGUAGAAUGUGUUUUGUAUUUGUCUUCACUAGUGCUCCAGAAAGUUCAGGCCCAUGUGAAGUGUUAUGCCCACUGCCCAACCUCCUUGGACCUAACACCCACCUACUCAGAGUCUUCUGCUUCAGAGGGAAAAUCCUCUUUGGUAUUUAUACCAUUCAUUAAUCCUGUAGACAUGUAAAAAGGUCAUGAGAAUGCUUUUGGCCAUGUCAAGCUAAUGAGCUGGGCAGGUAAUGGAGAAAUCUGUUCCUUAAAUGAUUAAAACUACUAAUUGCUACUUUUGCUAUUGCUGGUUUAUGGCUGCUUGGCAGAACACCACACAGCAACAGACAUGUAGCUACCUACCUCAUUCUCAGCUCUCUUUAAUAACAUUCUCUGUGGAUUUUUAACAGUUUCCAAGGCAACUGGAAACAGAAACAUCUCUGUAAACCAGAGCUUCCUAGAACUCUCCACUUCAAGUGGUACACAGAGUAAUUACAGCUUUCUCUUAAUCACUGAGUUUUCACCAGAUUUUUAAAAGAUCUACAACUAAAAUUGUCCUAUCAGUGGCUUUGAUAUUUUCCUCUCUAAAAAUAUAAAAUGGUCAUGGCAAACAUUAUUUUGACUUCUUGAGGAGAUGUGGAAAGAUACCAUAAGCCUUCCCUUCUGAAACGCUAAUUAUGAGCAGCCCAUCUGCCAGAGCUGUUUCCAUAAACUAAGCAGGAGGGGUCCACAAUGAAACAAUUACAGAAAUACAGAGAAACUUAAUUAGCAGCUGUUGUUUGAGCAAGGUCUACUAUGAGAUGUGUUUCAAUCUUCAGUGAGACUUUUAGCCAGAGCAGGGCACCAGGUGAGACAACAGUACAGAACAGAGUGUAGUUUUUUCCUCUCUCUCCUGUAGACAUAGGACCACAUUUUUAUAGAGCAUUCUGAAAAUAGAUGUCUUUAUUUUCUAUUAAUCUGCCCAAAGAAAAGCCAGCUGCAGCCAUUUUAGCAGAAGACAACUAUACCCACUGAGUUAUAAUCCACUAAGGCGAUACUUUUACCCAAACCUAUGCAAGUCAUUUGUCCACAUAAGCUUGGAAACAGCAAAUUUAUGUUUAAGAAUGUCUAGUUAUGAAGGUCUGGAUUUACAGGAAAACCAGAAUAAAUGCAUGAAAAUAAAUCAGCAAAGAUAGCUCCACAAAAAUCUAUGCAUUGUGUUAAAUCUGCAAGGUUAUAUUUUCUAGAUUGCUGUUCUGCUGUACUGAUUUAUUAUACUAUAGGUACAAAAUGUUUAAGGGUGUUUCAUAGUAACAACCAUGGUUUUGUCCUUGAAGAAACUGGAACCUCAAGUCUAAAUGAAACCACUUUGAAAUAUUUCACUUGUAUGCUCUCUACUACUUUUGACUUUCUGUGUAUGACCUUGGCCCAGACAGCUUCUCUCUGUCUCAGCUUUAGAGGUAUUGAAGGUAUUCUUCCAGCAUUAUCUUUCUAUGAAAAAGGAAUUUAGAGUGAAAAAAGAAAAUAAACCCCCUAAAGCAUGAUGAAAGAGAAUAAUGAAGAGAUUAUAGGUGUAUAUAUAAUAUAUGCAUAUAACAUAUACAUAUAUAUAUGUACUUUAAUUAGUAGCCUAGAUUCUUAGAUUAUUAAAUUCUUCAGGUAUAAGUUUGAAUAGUCAGAUGAUUAAUCCUUUAAAAUAAAAGCAUAUCUGUAGUAUGACAUUCUCAGAUCAUUCCCUACCAUUGGUAAAAUCUCCAAAACAUGCCUGUAAAUGGGCAAGCAGAAGUACCAGUAACAGAACAGUGCUAUCAGAGUUACGAUGCAAAAUUUGCCAUUUUAGGAGUCAAACAGAUGAGGUGACAGCCAGAGACACCUGUGAAAAGCUGCAGUAAAUGGAAAUGGGGUCAGUCUGGGAAGCUGUUCAGUUAACCAGGUGGCAUCCUUGGAGUAAAAGGAAUGUCUCUCUCCUCCACCAUUUUUAUUUUGGAUGAGGACCAUGGCUCAGCUGCUGAAAUAAAUCUAGUGUGAUUUGAGGUGCUGUAGGCUGUGAGCUGGGCUCCAGAAUGAUGCAGGUCUCCAUAAGUCCCCUGUAAGGAUGUCUCAGAUUCCUGGGAUAUGUGAGGGGCUUAACCAAAGGUCUCUGUGUUCAAGCUUAGAGAACAUUCACUGGUGGUUUUCUCCUCACCAGCAAGAUACCUUCUAAUGACCAAGAGAGCAGCUGGGGAGACAACAGGCAGAAAUCCAAAGAAGUAAGAGAGAAUAGGGAAAACAUUAACUACAGGUGGGAGACAACAUUAGGAGCCAGCUGUAGGAAGGAAUUCACUGUAAGACUCUUUGCUCUGCCACGCUUCCCCAAGGGUUGCAGAUACUGCCCACCAGUUUCCACUGUGACACUGGCUGCAGUGCAACAGAAAUGUUCUCCUCUGGGCAGCGAUGUGCCUUCACUUGAGUUGACCUUGGAAGCCCUUGGUUUAGGCUCUUAUAUUUCUGCAGUGGGAAGGAGAAUGCUUCUUAUUUAAAUAUUGUAUUUUAUGCUGUUACAAGUACAUACUGGCAUAAUAAUGACAGGAGUAAGAAGGAUAUAAUUGAUUCAUUUUCUACAUAUUUUACAAAAAUAGCAUUCAUGCUUUUAAAUAUUUAUUUUAUAAUGCCCUUGGCCAUUUUAUUUUUACUAUAUUGAUGUUUUAUCUUGGGAUGAAAAUAACUUAAAUUCAAAUUAUAAUGUCUGUAUUGAAUCACAUGAAUCAAAGCUUUGUAUCUGGCAUUUCUUCAUUAAUUUUCUUGAGAAAUAGAUUUGAAAAUUUUUUUCAGUGUUGGAAUUUUUACUGUUUGUGUCAAUUAUGCUCAUUUCAAACAUUUAAAAGAAGUUAUUUCCAUUGCUUUUUCUUUAAGGAGGCACAUGUUGGCAAAGCAUAAGUCAGCUGCACUCCUAAUGUUCCCUGGAGGUCACUUUUUAAAAAACAUAAUAAAAUUAGCAAACUUUGAUUGAGGUCUCCUGUUCUGUCUCCUUAGAACACUCCCUUUUGAGUUUUCUUGUUCUUAGUCAAAUUCUGAUGUGUGAUGAACUGGUGUGGGGUGAGGAUCAUGAUCAUUGUACACCUUGAGUUUCAAAAUUAUGUUUUGGCAAUUUUGUCCAAGGAACACAACUUGUCUGGAAAUGAGGAAAUAGAUGAUGAUGAGGAAGAAGAAGAAAUAGAAGAAGUAGAAGAAAUAGAAGAAAUAGAAGAAAUAGAAGAAGUAGAAGAAAUAGAAGAAGUAGAAGAAAUAGAAGGAAAAGAAGAAACAGAAGGAGAUGAAACAAAAAAAGGAAUAGAGAAAAAAGAGGAAAAAGAGGAAAAAAAUGACAAAGAAAAGGAUCGUAAAUCACCUGAGGGUGAGACAAGCAGUAGCAGUAGCACUGUGGAAACUGGAGAGACAGAGGAGACUGCUCAGAAAGAGACCAUCGUUCAGCAGGAGAAGGAAAGCACUGACAAUCACACUGUGAACAAUUCUUCAGAGAACACUGAUGACCAAAAAACUGGAGAAACUGUGGGGAGAAAAAAGUUUUCCCUAUUUAAGCGAAAGCCACUGACAAGCCAGAAGAAUGUAUGUAGCAGAAAGGAAGACAGCUCUGAAAAGCCAUUGCAGAGUGAAGAAAAGGAAAAGGAAGAUUUAACUGAUGAAGGCAGUAAGGAUGAAAAUCAAAAUCAUACACUGGAGAAUUCCAGUGAAACUGUGACUAACCAGGACAGAAGGAUGAAAGUGAAUACCUGCAUGUUGCUGUAACACUGUUAUAAUAUAUGGGAAUGUGACAGUCUUAAAGCAUACAGUGCAAUUUUUACUUGAAAACAGUUAUGACACAAGAUGUUGAUGGCUGCUUUUUUUUGAUUGAUUGGAUUGCUGUAAUUUUAAAUAGGCAGAUGAUUUUCUUGGUAUUUAUUGGUAAUUUUAAUAGUUCAAAAUUAUAUACUUAUCAGCACCUUGCUGGAGUCCUGUGGCCUUACCUGUUGAUGUUCUAAAGCAAAGUAUGGGGGUUUUUUAUGUGAAAAGUUGAAUACAGGCAGUUUUGGUUUUUGCUCAAUAAUUUUAUUCUGUUUCAGCCUACAGAGUAUCACUUUCAGCAUGACACUCUUGCAGAAUUAUAAUAUGUGAUAUAUUACUUGGUUUAACAACUUAGUUAAGAAUAUUUAAGGCACUCAGAAAUAUACAUGUUUCUUUCUGUUUUGACAUAGAAAAAACAGCAGUAAAACUUUCAAGUUGUACGCAUUCUGGAAGAAGUUACUUGAGUAUGUGGCUAAUUUCACACAUGGCAGCAGUCCCAGUGGAAACAGCGUAAGGAUGGAAGUAUCCUGCCAAACUGGGACAGGGAGAGAGCUUUUAUUUCUGAGGUGCUGAAAACCUUUGCUCCUGCUGAAUUUGGCAUAAACUGAUGGGCCUCCCUCCUACUGAAUCAGGCCCAGUGAAAACUGGACACCCUCACUCUUGUUUCCCUUGGAUUCUAAUCCUGUGUUCCCUGAACAUCCACAUCUUAAUGAGUCUCCAGUGAAGCUUUUCUCACAGGAAAAUAAUGCAACCAGAGGUGCUGUGGCAUCAGUAUGACAGACUGAUCAUCAUGGAGUAAAUAUUCAUGUUUUUCUCAGGCAGACUGGCUUUUCUUCAGAUGGACACUUCGCAGGAGGAGCCAAAAAUCAGUACAAAUAAAAACUGCUUAACACCACUGUAGCAUUAAGAAGCAGGAAUUCUUUAUUCAGCCAGAAGCUCAAGGGGAUAUCUCCUCCAAAAUAUUGUGCAGGCUGAGUACAGAAAAAGCUCCUGUUUAGAUACUUUAUUUUACAUACGUAGUCAUUGAUUUUCCCAGAAUAAACAUACACAUGAUAAAUAAUUUCCCUGAAAUCAUUAACAAAUUUUCUCUCCUAUUUACACAUGUUCUUCUCUUCUAGAAGUCCCUUUGCUGGUCCCUGGCGGUCAGGGACCCCCCAGUGAUCCCCAACCACACAGUGAAGUGGUGAAAGGUGGCACAACUGGGCUGGUUGCUUUCCUGUUCUUCCUUCAAUUUUUCUAGUUUCAGAGUUGCUUACAUUUUAUAUAAUAGCUCAGAAGUGUCCAGAAUUGAUUUCAUCCUAGGAGUUGGUUCAUCUGCAAGUCCUUAUAAGUAUGGCAGGUGUCCAGAUUCUUUCACAGGGCUUCCUCUGUGCUACCAUAAUCAUCAUACUAAAAACCUGGAUGCUUGGGUCAUCCUUUGGCAGAAUUAAUUAGUAUCCUUUUGUGUCUUUUAUUUUUCUCUGGGCUACUCCUGGGUUCUGCAGUGAACCUUACAUGAGGGUUUUUUUCUCCAUUAUAUUUACAUAUUUUCUUAUUUUUUCUGAAUGCACAUGUGGUUUCUGUUCUACUUGGAUACUGUUGAGAAGAGUGAAGUGGAAAAGGAGACAUAAAGUAAAUGGCACCCUCAUUAAUUUAAAUAAGCUUUAAUUAUUUUUUAAGGGGAAAUCUGUAAGAUUUACUGUAAGAACAAUUUCUUUUUAAAGGUGAACUAAUUUAGUAAGAAGUAUUACUUUAAAAUGGGAAUUACCCUCAAACCUAACACUACAGAAGUUUAUGUAAAGGACUGUGAACUGCUGUGUGUCUGAACAGUUUCAGGGACUGGUACAUUUAUCUUGUCCACACACUUUGCUCAACAAGAAGCAGGAACAUAUGAACCCAUUCCAAUGUCUUUUCUACAUGUCUUCAUUUUUAAUAAAAAAGAUUGAACAAAUAAAACAA